AUGAUCAACCUGGCCUCUUUUCAGGCUGGCGGCUUCCGCUACAACUCGCCAUGGACUCAGGUUUCCAUCGUGGGCUUCGUGGCCUUCUGCUCCGUCGGCAUGUUCAGUGCCGUCAGCAACCUGGGCGCUGGCGGCAUGCAGGAUGUGCAGCUUAGCGAUAUCGCAAACAGCGUUCUCUACGCCAUGUUCUUCUUUGGCGGGUUUUUCAGCGGAAGCAUCAACAAUAUCCUGGGCCCUCGGUUGACCAUGUCCCUCGGCACUACUGGCUACGCGCUCUAUCUCGGCUCUCUCUGGUGUUUUCAAUUGAACGGCACAAGAUGGUUCCUGAUAUUCGCAGGGGGUGUGCUGGGACUUUCGGCUGCCUUGUUCUGGGCCGCCCAGGGUGCCAUCAUGAUGGCCUAUCCGCUUGAAAAGGACAAGGGCAGGGCUUUCACCCUCUUCUGGUCGCUCUUUCAGACGGGAACGCUGAUUGGCGCCGCCAUUGCCCUGGGCAUCCAGUUCAACAGCACCCUGCCCGGCGUUUCCAACGGCGUCUAUGUCGCCUUCAUGAUCAUCAUGCUGACCGCGAUUGGAACAAGCUGGCUGGUUCUGCCCCCCGAGGCCGUUGUGCGUGGCGACGGAACCAUUGUCAAGCUCCCCGAAUCCCUCACCCCCCGCCAAGAGCUGAGGGAAUUCAUCCGCAUGUUCAAGGACUGGCGCAUGAUUGCCCUGUUCCCCAUGUUCUUCUCCUCAAACUACUUCUACGCCUACCAGGGCGCCAUCACCGCCUUUUUGUUCAACGGACGCACCCGCGCCUUGGUCGCUCUGCUGACCGGGCUCGGUUCCAUCAUCGGAUCCGUCCUCAUCGGCUUCGUGACAGACAACCUGCCUUUUAACCGAAGGAGACGCGCCCUGUGGUCAUGCGCUUUCGUCACUUUUCUGAUUUGCCUCGUCUGGGCCAGUGGCUUGGGCUUCCAGACCAAGUUUGCUCGAGGCGACACUGCUGUUGGGGGGCAGGACCUGGCCUGGGAUUGGACUGUCGGAGUCGCUGCUGGUCCUAUAAUCUUGUUCUUUGCCUACUACCUCGUUGACGCCGCCUACCAGGGCUUGGCGUACUACACCAUGUCCUCCAUAACAAACGACCCUUACAAGCUUGCCCGUAUGGCCGGCUACUACAAGGGCGUCCAGUCGGCCGGCGCCGCCGUCUCUUUCGGCAUGGAUGCCGCAAAGACACCUUACCUGGGAGAGAUUCUCAUUUCAUGGCUGCUUACUCUGUUCGCACUACCGCUUUGCGCUCUUGUCCUCUACCACAUUCGCGAUACCAACUACGAGGUCGAGGAAGUUGCUCGCGUUGAGCAUGUGCAUGCCAAAGAUGUGGAUACCAAAGACGUGGAGAACCUUCGGCUGCCCGAGCAUCACAAAACCAAGGAGGCCAGUGACUAG